AUGGCCUUCCAUUUCAACCUCACCACCGUCCCGGGGUACUUUCUCCAAGACGAACCAGAUACCGAUCCCGAUGCUUUCAACUACGUCUCAUCAAACUUCGGCCUCAUAAACCGCACCUACAACACAGACACCGACCUCGACAUACGCAACACAACCCAAUGGCAACGCUUCGAACACCACCUCAACAGCCUGAACCAAGAAUCUCACCACAAAUCACCAAAUGCCACAUACCGCCUGCUGUUCCUUGGUAGACACGGUGAGGGGUUCCAUAAUGUCGCGGAGGAGGAAUAUGGUACGAAGCUGUGGGACUGUUACUACUCCCUCCAAACCGGCGACGCCAACAUAACCUGGUUCGACGCACACCUCACAACCGCCGGAAUCAAGCAAGCGCAGAUCGCAAACGGGGCUUGGAAAAAGCAAAUCGAGCAUAAGGUGCCGUUUCCGGAGUCGUUUUAUGUUUCUCCGUUGCAUAGGUGUCUUGCAACGGCGGAGACUUCAUUCAAAGGGUUGAAUGCUACGCCCGUCCCGUUUAGGCCGGUUGUUAAGGAGUUGCUCCGCGAAACAAUCGGCAUCCACACCUGCGACAAGCGCUCGUCGGCCUCACACAUAACCACCUCGUAUCCCGAUUACAUUAUCGAGAAGGGGUUUGCCAAUGGCACAGAUCCGCUCUGGAGACCCGAUGCACGGGAAUCCAAUUCCAUGCGCGACGCGCGGUUACGCGAUUUGCUGUACGAUAUCUUUGAGCACGAUGCGAACACCGUGCUCUCGCUGACGGCGCAUUCCGGGGCGAUUACGAGUAUUCUGAAUGUUGUUGGGCAUCGGGAGUUUGCGUUGGCGACUGGGGCCAUGAUUCCGGUUGUUGUGAGGGUUGAGAAGGUUCCUGGACCGAAGCCGGGGAUAGAGAUUGAGCCGCCGAGUGGGGUGCCUAGUUGUGAUGAGUGA